GUUUUGAACACACGACAGUUAAUUAUUGAUAUUUGCUUUUUUGUGAGACUUUUAUCCGAAUAUUUCUGAAAUUUGUGUGAAAGUUAGAAGAAAAGGUUUUUGUGAAUAUCCAAAAUGGAAAGAAGAAGUACAAGAUUAAAUAACACAGCAAAUCAGAAUACUGAAACAUUUCCUGAAAAUCAGGCUGAACAAUAUAUCAGGUUGAAGAAAGACAAAGACGGUUUUGUUGUAAGAUAUAUAGAUGAUACAAUUGGAAAAGGGGUGUUUGCUGAAAGAUCUUUUAGCAAAGGUGAAUUUCUUUUGGAAUAUGAUGGGGAUCUUGUUUCGAACAAAGAGGGAACUAGGAGAUUGGAGGAACACAGCAAUACCUUUGGCUGCUAUGUGUUUUUUUUCAAGUAUGGAGGCAAAAGUUUAAGCAUAGAUGCUACUUUUUCUAAACAAAUGGGAAGGUUUGUUAAUGAUGGAGUUGGAGCAGAUGAGAAUGCUUUAAUGAAAAGAAUUGUUGUGGAUGGGAGCCCACAUUUAGUUUUAUUUGCCAGAAGGGAUAUAUAUAUAGGAGAUGAAAUCAGAUAUGACUAUGGUGAUGUUAGUCGAAACCUCCCAUGGAGAAAGAGACCACUAACAGAUGAAAAAAAAAAUACGACAUUGAAAGAAUGUUGUGUUUCAAUAAGAAGACUGGAGAUUAAAGAUGAUAGUCAUAAAGUGGCAUGCAAUAGAGAGGCAUAUACUGACAGUGAUAGUGAUAUUGAGAACUUGACAAGGAAACAAAGAGUAUUGAAUCAACCAUCAGAAGAUGAGGAAGUUGGUAGUAAUAUUGGGGUUAGAGAAGUUUUGAUACAACCAUUAGAAGAUGAGGAAGAGGGCAGUAAUAUUGAGGUUGAAGAAGAAAAAUCUGAAGGGGAAACUGAAAAGCUAUUUGUAUGUGCCCUAUGUGAUAAAAAACUAAGAAGUAGAGAAUCAUUUCUGAGCCAUAUGGGCGUGCAUUUCACUGAUAAUGUAAAGAGAAUGCUACCCAAAUCAAAUGAUACUACAGAACACAUACCUGCUCAAAUUGAAAUGAAUAGUCAAGGGAAAGCCAGUUGCAGUGAAGGACCAAAAAAGGACAGAGGCCCACCACUUAAAUCCUCUAUGGUUGGUUUAGAUGCAGGAGAUGCCAGUCAAAAUGAAAGUUACAGUAAAGAUGGAGAUAAUAUUGAAAGAAUAUCACCUGCAUUCAAUGAUACUUCAAUACGCAUACCUGCACAAAAUAAGAUGAAUUGUCAGGAGACAGCCAGUUGCAGUGAAGGACCAAAGAAAGCUAGAGGCAGACCAGUGAAAUCAUCUACUGGAGAAAAAAGCAAAUCAACAAGGUCAAAACCUUACAGACCCUGCCCUUUCUGUGGUCUCCUUAUGGCUAGAUUGUCCAAUCACAUCCUUCGCAAACACAAAGAUAUUCCUGAGGUCAAAGUUUUAAAAAGGCUGCCCCAUCAAGAUCAAGUAAAGCAAAUGGCUAACCUGAGGAAAGAAGGUAUUUGGAAAGCUAAUUUAGAACAGGUGAAAAAAAUGGAGGAUGAAGGAUCUCAAGCAGAAGUAAAAUAUUUUAAAGAGAGGGAGCAUGGAGCAGGUCAACUUGCUUACUGUUCUUUAUGUAAAGGUUUUUUAACAAAGUCUUACUAUAAGAGACACAGAUCCACAUGCACUGCAGUUGAAUCUACAACAACUACAGCGAAAGCCUUAGAUCCAGUGCAUAUUGCAUCUCCAAAGUUUACUUCUUCAUUUAACUUUGAUGUUCUAGCAAAAUUCCAUAAUUCUGAGGUAGGAAAUUUAUGUAGAACAGACAAUCUUAUAACAUCAUUUGGGCUGCAGAUGUAUAGAAAUGUGGAGGCUAAGAAAAGUAAAAAAGAAGAAAAAAGAAAAUCAGUUAUGUCAGAUAUGAGGAGACUGGCCCAUUUAUUGUUAGAAUUUAGAAAACAAUGUGAGAUAAAUGGUGAUGCUGAGGCUAAAUCAGCUGUAAACAUGUUUGACAGAGGCAAUUUUCAUUCGUUGGAGUCAUCCAUUUUAGCCCUAACAAUAAAUGAAGAAACUGGGCACACAAAAGCAGGGCUAAAAAUCGGAUAUGGCUAUCUCAUAAAGAGAGUUAUCAAAUAUCUCACUGGAGAAUUUCUCAUCCAAAAAAAAGAUGCUGAAGUUGAUGAGAUUAAGCGCUUCGGAGAUCUAUUGGAAUUUUGCUGGCCAGGUAUAUUUGGGGAUGCAGAAUAUAAAAUAACUGUACUAAGACAGAAAGAAUUGAGGAUGCCAUCUCGCCUUCCAGAUGAGGAUGAUGUUAAGAUGUUGAAAGAAUGGCUGGAAAAUAAAAUCAAAGACAUUAAAACGAAAUUCCAAUUUAUAACUUCUAAUGAAUAUGCUGAGAUUAGAGAUUUACUUGUAUGCAGAUUAACACUAUUUAAUGCUCGAAGAGGAGGCGAACCUGCUAGGCUUUUACUAUCAGAAUGGGAUGAUGCAGAAAAUGGGGUCUGGUUUUCGCAAGAUUCAGUGGAAAAGGUGGAGGACCCCAUUGAGCAAAAAUUAUUAUGUGAAUUAAAGAUUGCAUACCAAGCAGGAAAAAGAAAGCUUGUGUCACUGUUAAUACCCCAGGAUUGUUGGGAUGCCAUUAGAAUCCUUGCAGAUGAAAAAGUUCGAGAUGAUGCCGGCAUUGGGAAAGGAAAUAAAUUUUUAUUUCCCACAACUGCUGGUAAAGAUGAACAUGUAAUUGGAUGGAGUUGUGUAAAAAAAUGUUGCAAAAAAGCCAGACUUAGCAAGGACAUCACUGCUACUGAUAUGCGACACAGGGCUGCAACUUUAUAUGCUGCAAUGGACAUCCCAGAAAAAGAGCGCCGAUUAUUUUAUUUACACAUGGGGCACAGUGCAGACAUGAAUAGAGAUGUAUACCAGUGCCCUGAAUCCGUGAGGAUAACAACAUCUGUUGGGAAAGCUCUUCAAUGUUUAGACAGGGGAAACAUGAAAGCUUCCUCAUCAAAAGUUGCAGAGACUGGUCCAAAAAAUCCAGAAAUUACCUUCUCUCUAAAAGACUUUUUGAAUGAACUGGUGGAUGAUAAUGUUGCAGUAAGGGCAAUAUCAGGAAAAGGAUUGAUAGAGGAAGAUGAAGUAGAACAAAGACCAGAAAAAAUAAGAGCUGCAAGCUGCAUGAAAGAUCUGAUGCUACAAGAUGCAGCAAAAGAAUACUUCACAGAUGAUGCUUGGCUGGCAGCUGAAACAGUUUUUGAUUUACUUCCAGACUGUAGUGAUGAUGAAUCUGAGAGAUCCCACAUGAUUUUAAAUACAACAGAUGUAAGUGAUAUAAGAGAUUGUGAAGAUGAACCAUGUUCUUCAAAUGAUUCUUUGAUAUCUGGUGAUACAGAGGAGCAAGUAGAGAGAAGAACAAACAAAAGGAAAAGUUCAACAUAUGAUGAUAACAAGGCUGCAAAACUUCAGAAAGUUCCAACUGAACCUGAGGCAGAAAAGGGGAAAAGUUCAACAUAUGAUGAUAACAAGGCUGCAAAACUUCAGAAAGUUCCAACUGAACCUGAGGCAGAAAAAGGAACAAAAAGAAAAUAUAAAUUAUGGACUGAAGAGAAUACUAAAGUAGUGGAUGUUUAUUUUAAGAGAUACAUUACAGAUACAUCUAGCUUGGACAACAAAGGGUCAUUGCCAGGAUCAAAAGAUGUAAGAGAGUUUCUUCAGAAGCAUCCAAUCCUUCAAGAUAUUGAAAUUAAAAAAAGGAUAACAGCCAUCAAGACAAAAAUCUUCAAUGAUAGAAAAGUUUACAGAGAAAAAAUUUCAAAGAAACUUAAGAAAACCCUCCAAAGUAUGUGAGCAUUCUGAAUAUCAUGCAUUCCAUAUAAUAGAUUGACUUGUAAUAGGCCUCUUAAUCUGUAAUCAUCCUCAUCUCUCCACCAACAGCCAGUAUCAUGUAAACUGAAUCUGCGUCAUCAUCUCUCCACCAAC